UCGCGCCAUACCCGGGUCUGAUGCAAUCUGAGAACUGCCGACGCAGCAGCGCGUUUGAAGCCCUCUUCGUGCUGCUCCCAUCGGCCAUAGGAGAACUCAUGCGGUUCUCCUAAACUCCAGCGUUCAGCCCGAAAGGGGACCCAGAGCUCUUCCGCGAGCAACAUGGCCAAAGUGACCGGCGGCGCCUCCGGUUGCCGAGCCAUGGUUAAGGCCGGGAGGUACCUGUCGAGCCCGUCGCUGGCUCGGUGUGCCGGUGGCCAGCGGAAGACGUUCGGUCCGCAGCGGCGAACGAUGAGCGCGGACGCGGCCGGCACGGGAGGAAAAUCCGCGGCGUUGGCCCAGCAGGAGCAGCUGGGAGGUCUCCCCGCCGCAGACCGACACGCGCCGACCAACCUGAAUCUGAUUUACCGGGAUGUGAAGGCUUUUCUCAACGAAGUCGGGGGAAACCCCCGAGAGGCUCGGUACUGGCUGACCCAGUUCCAGAGAGCGACUUCGGCUCAGUCUACUGCGUUUGCCGUACUGGAGGUGGACAGCUCCGUGUUUGCCAGCAGGGAAAUGGUCCAUAGCCUGGCCUUCGGGCUCUCCUUCCUGCAGCGUAUGGAUAUGAAGCCCGUGGUUGUGAUGGGCCGAUCUGCGAGCGAGGAGGCGGGGCCUGCCGAGCCCGCGGCCAGGUCACUGUGCGACCGGGGGCUGGUGGAGCGGAGCCAGCAGCUGACCGAGGCUAUGCAGAAGCACUCGGCCUCCGUCCUGCCGCUCUUCUCCGCCGAGUCCUUCCUCCUUCUCCGCGAGGCCCCGCGCGGGAGCAGCGCUCCGCCUUCUGUCGCCGUGGAUGCCAGCCUCCUCCAGUGGAGCCUGAACUGCGGGACGAUCCCACUGGUUUGCCCGGUGGGGAGGGACGAGAGGGGCUGCUCGGUGGCUUUGGAACAGACGGAGGUGACGGCGGCAAUCUCCCGAGCUCUGCAACCCCACAAAGUCAUGUUCCUGAACAACUCGGGAGGCCUCCGCAGCCAAGAAAACAAGGUGCUGGACAUAGUGUCGUUGCCCAGCGACCUCCCCGGCCUGUCCACGGCGGCGUGGCUGAGCGCUGCGGAGCACCGCAGGGUGACGGCCAUCGCCAGACUGCUCAAUCAGCUGCUGACCGAGUCCUCCGCGGUGAUCACCUCCGCGGACACACUGCUGACCGAGCUGUUCAGCCACAGAGGGUCAGGGACACUCUUUAAAAACGGAGACCCCAUACAUCGGUACAGCUCCAUGGACGGCAUCGAUGCAGAGCGUCUGCUGGCCCUCAUCAACGCAUCGUUUGACAAAACUCUGAAGCGAGACUACAUCGACUCCCUGAAAGGACGACUGCACUCCAUCUACCUCUCCGAAGGCUACAGCGCGGCGGCCAUCAUCACUAUGGAGCAAGUGAACAGCGGCACCCCCUACCUCGACAAGUUUGUGGUGAGCAGCAGCAAGCAGGGUCAGGGUACCAGCCACAUCCUCUGGGAAUGUAUCAGACAGGACCUGGGCAAACUGUUCUGGAGGUCUAGAGCUACUAACAGGAUCAACCCCUGGUACUUCAAACACUGUGAUGGCAGCUUUGUUAAAGGGGCGUGGACCGUCUUCUGGUUCGGUCUGGCAGACAUCAGAGAUUCCUACGAGCUGGUGGAGUACGCCAAGAACCUCCCCGACUCUUUCCACGGAUCCUGAAGGAGCUCCCAGGUGCUGGCUGUGUGGCUCCUUAACUCUGCUAGGAAUCAAUCAAUAUUGUUUCCUUAUCUUUGCUCUGCAUUGACUUUUUUUCCUACUCUGGAUUUCUUUUUUCAUCUUCUUUUCUUUCGCUCUUCCUUUUAAAAACAUAAAAACCAAAGCUGCAGUGAGAAUUUCAUUUUUGCGGUAUUUUGAGGACCUUUUUAAUCAUCCUCUAUUUUGAGGAAUGGGGUUAGCUCUAAAGCUUUCUUUUUUUUAUCAUUCUUACUUUGCUAAAAAACACAGCUACCCUCCCAAAAACUACAGACAGAACUGGUGUCACACAUUCAUGAUGCUGUCCAGACGUCAAAUAUGUUCAGAUAGGAUUACUUCGCCCAGCACUUGAUCCUAAUAUGAUUGCAGUAAGAAUCUUUCAGAAUGCUGAAUAAAUAAAUUAAAAACACAGCCAAAUAUGUGAAGAGGCUUGCCAUAUUUAUUGAGAGGGGCAAGGAAGCAGGUUUAUUAGAUUUGUAUGCUGACUACAGUUUACACACACACCGACAAUGAUUAGACAAACAAGUGUGGCUACAUUUCACUCCAGUAGAUUCAGUCACAGCAGUUCUAUCAAACCAUUCAGCAGAACAUAAGUCUGCAGAAAUGCUGCUCCUGUUUGGCGAGCAGCCGCCCACUCACGGUAGCAAUGCCAUACCGUUUGAAAACAAGAACUAGCGAAUUAAAGCUAAUCGUUUAGCUGCAAAUGUAUUUAAAAGAUUUUUUAACUUUUUAAUAUUGCUCCUCGAGACAUUUGUUUACAUACAAUUAAUCCAAUUUAAUAAAGACAUGUCUAUUCUUUUCUUAA